UCGCCCACGGUAUUAGCAAAAUUGGCCACAGUAUAGCAAAUUCAGAAGAAAACUCUUCCCAACUGUGCCUAACAUCACAAUCCCAAAUUCUCGAUCUCUGAAACGCCAUCGUCUUUGCUCUUCUUCUUCUACUUGAACUCAUCCAUGGCUUCCCCUUACGAUCCUUUCAAACAGGAGCAGCAACAACCCAGGAAAAAAGGGCCCAAUUUGUUACUCUUAUUACCUCUCAUCUACGCUCCUGUUCUUCCUCUCAUUAGAAUAUCAUUGAAGCAUAAACCUGUUCUUAGAGAUCGUUUGUUUACUGCUGUUCUUGCUGGAGCUUUUGUCCAUGGCACUUAUCUGGUAACUACUCUUUAUGACGUUGAGAGCAAGUAGAGCAAACGAACUAGCACUCGCUCUCCUGAGGCGUGUAAGUUCACCUUCUGUAGAUCGUGAAGGGCAAUCUUGAUGCUUGGAUUUACUGGUUUGAAUUUUCGAGCAUUCUCAACAAUGAUUCUUUGUUGAAGUAUUUCUUCUAGCAGUUUUGGCGGUAUUUGACUUAUCAAUUUCUUGUGACAGCAAAUAAUCUCAGAUAGAGUAUUUCUGGAGCAUCAUGUCAUAUAUUUUUUGUUCUUUUUAAUGUUGUUAGCAAUGUUUCAUGUGACAUAUUCUUGUGAAGUUGAGGCCAGGGAACCUAAAUUCUGAAUUAUAAUUGGAAUUGUUGCGUUGUUGGUUGUUCUAGACAA